AUGGAAAAUGAAUCGGAUGGUACGGAACAGUCUCUCGGACUAGACAAACCAGGUGCCUUCGAAGGAUUGGGAGAACUCAAAAAGGACAUCCAGUCCGGCUCUUGUAAGAACGUUUCUACAGACGCAAUAUGGGUGCUGUAUGUUACCGAAAAAACUUGUGUAGCUCUCCGUGAUUGCUUACUUUGGAAAGUGUAUGACACUCAUCCGUCUCAACUUAAAAUAUGGUCUAAAGCGUGAUGACAGCGGCUCGCAAGGGUCAAAGUAAAACUUUCAAAAGUGCAGCGUUGGACUGCAAAUCUAAUAAAGGCUUAAGGACAUAAAUCUUGCCUGGAAAAACUGAGGUGCAUUAAUCUGUUUUCUUUCCGUAACAGAUAGAAUAUAUGGAAAGUAUCUUUGUCUUAAGACAGUGCAAGGACUUCCUUUGAGGACAUGUUCCGGUUGGACCUCUCUUAUGGGCACCCAUUAAAACUACGUACGCAUUUGUCCAGGUUUAAACUUUUGUCAGAAUUUUUUGUACAAGAGAAAGUAUAAGAUUUUAUGAUCUCCCCAACUCAGUUGCGAAACACCUAGGCGACUCUAUGACUGUCUUGUUUUCCAAUAAAAACUAAAUCUGAUCUAAGGGUUACACCAAAUCAACAUAAAAAUUAGAUUCAAGUUAAGGCUAUUUUAAUCAUGCGAAUAAAAUAUUAACAGUGACAAUUUAUCCUGGGUCCGUGUAUAGCAACUUACUACAUACCGAUAUGUAGCAUAGGAAUUUUAAUGUUUUUGCCCAGUGCGCCUGAAAAAGUACAACAAGAAAUGGAACUGAAUUGGCUCAUUCGUCGACAGGAUUUCAGUUUAUUUCGAAAGGGCAAAAGCCAAGGCUUUUGAAGACCCUAUUGAUUACAUGUGAGUACGUUACAUACAACUGUACACGUACAAUAAAAAUCUUCGCUAUUAAAACAGUACUUGAUUCAUUUGAGCAACAGUGUUUCAAGAAAAAUUCCCGGGAUCGCGAGUUAUUUAGCUCAGGUUCAAACUGUCGAGGGAAAACAGGGGACACAGACCAUCGUCCAGGCGUUUCUUGAAGAGUUGCAGGGACGUCGCCUCCACGACUGAUGGAGAGGGAUUGUUCUAUUUCUCCACUACACAUAGUGUGAAAAUUCAGAACGAAGCUUCAGUCUGGACAUUUUUGUCCGUAGCUUCAUCGAGUGGCCACGAUGACCGGGGGAAAAGUGCCACUGAAACAUGUCCUCAAAGUCCAUGCUCAAGGCCACGCAUUACCUUGUAAACCAGGCUAUACUCACCUCUUUUCUGCCUGUAACACAGGCGGAAUAAAUUUAGGCAAUUCAGCCUCUCUAUGUAGGCCUGGCGUUUUAAACCGUUCGCCAGGAUCGUUGCACGCCGUUGUACUCUUUCGAAACAUGUUUUGUCAUUUGUUAGCUAUGGCCUUCAUGGUCGUAUCCUACAUUCCGGAUGACGCUAAAAAUAUUUACCUUAAACACUCCCAAAAAGAACUUUUUCAAAGGUUACAAACGCCUCUUUGAUCGCAUAGAGCACUCUUGUGGAGUUUUCAGUCUUGUUGCUCUGUAACCAAACACCGAGCUACUUCUGCACAGAUACUGCCGACUUUCCCCAGGCUCUCAUAUGAAUGUCUGUUGGCCGGACGCAGGUGGAUGACGGCGCACAUCUGUACAUUGAAAUCUAGAAGCCAUUUCGUGACUCACGCUUGCAGUCGGUGCAGAUUGUUUUGAAGUGUUCUCUGGUCAUUUGGACUCUUAAUGACUUACCAGAGCCUAACAUUGUCCGCAAACAUAUUUUACCGCAGUCGAGUUCCUGAAGGCUGUCGUAAGUACUGAGGAUGAAGUGCAAGGGUCCUAGAACCAAGGCCUGGGAACGACCGCAACUCACGUCUAUUGCUCGCUAAUCAUUCCUAAUAACAGAUUAAUUAUUCAAAAACCAUGGAUUAAGUAUUGCUUAUAUUCCUUCCACUUGUUCUAAAAUUCAUAUAAAAAUCACAUCUUACAUUCUUUCACCGGACCCCCAAGGGUCUUGAAUAAAAUUUACUUGUCUUAUUUACUUAUUUAAUCUCCGAUACAGACAGGUUGUUUCCGCCCAACCAGAAACACCCUUACUUAGUUCACAUGGUCUCCCUGGAUACUGGUGGCACUAAAUUCAAGAAGAGGCGUCGGUGCGAGACAGCGUCAAAUGCUUCGCUAAAAUUGAUGUACACUAAAUCGACCACAAAAUCCUCUUCCAAAGCCCUGGUCCGGAUCUCCAGUCAAGUUUGCAGAUUCUAAAUGGAUGAACGUCCUUUCAGGAACCCAUAGUAAAAAUCCUGCAAAAUGUUAUUUUCUUCACAAAAUCGCUGUGUAACACUCUUUACCAGAGCUUUCAUCGUUUUGCAUGAGAGCCAAGUUAAGCUUAUAGGCCUGAAACUGCUCACUAUCAUCCUGCUACCACUCUUAUCUAAGGAACGAGGUAGGCUGUCUUCCCCUGGGAUGGCAGCCUCCCUAUUCUCAUUGACAGCUCAGAAAGCCGAAAGAGACAUCGAAAUGUCCGUUGAGAGCUCCUUAAGUAUCAGCUCAGGACUCCCAUCGGGUUCAGGAGACUUAUCUAGUUUUAUUUGACUAGAGACACGUCUUACAUCCUUGACGGAAAAUGCAACGGUUUCAAUUACGGCGGUUUCUCGACCCGUUUGAAACUCCCGGUUGUCUUGACACAUUUCAAACUCCAGCUGGUCUUCGAAGGACUUCUCCAUAAAAACCAACCGAAAAACCGAGACAGUUACUGCACUUCCUGCGGCCGCAAUACCAAUUGUCCUAUUUCCGCAUUUGUAACACCUUUCUCCAUUGAUCUCUGUAAUUACAUACUAACUUUGUCCCAGCUAAUAAAAUUACUGCUUUCUUCCAAUGCUAGUCUACUUUGUCGGUGCCAGCUCUCCCAAUCUAUCUCGGUUUGACCCAUCCGACCCGCAAAAUUUGGUUGGAAUCGUUAAAUGCGCGCCGCACACUGGCGGUAAUUGUAUUUUCAGCGGCCAAUAAAGCUCAAGACUCUGACGUUAGUUGCCCUAAUCAAAGACGACACAGGAAUUCAGAGUUAAGAAGCACUUUGAAAAUAACUUAGGACAGAAAAAUCACAUUUAUCAAAAACUCUACGUGUGCGUGAAUAUACCAACACCUGAGUGAGAAACACUUUUGAAGAAAUUCAAAGUAUGCUGUAGGAAUGCAAUUUCACGGAGGAGAUCUAGAUAAGCCACUUAUGGAAGGGCUAAUCAUAAUUAUUUGUUGCGGGCAACUAUAACAACCAGCCUGAAGUCAUUGCUCAAGGACUCGCUUCUUCAGGUCAUUCAACCCUUGCGGCGAACCUUUCCAGACGCCCUGACCUGAAGCCACUCGACCGACUCCAGAUCGGACAAAGCUGCGUCUGCACAGUCUCAGCUUCUCAGGCAGCCAUUUGAACGCUCCUGCCCUGCAACCACAACAUAAGUCACUUAAACACCACCCCUCGGCGAAUGCAACAUACCAACUGGACACCCAUCUGGACUGCCCCACAAACCUACAACAGAAGCUGCCACUACCCAUUCGGGGACUCUCAGACAUGACUGGAUGCAGUCAACAUCAACUCUGGCUUCGCCAGCGGCCAGUGCUACCUGAGAGGACAACGUAGGGUUCUGUCUACAAAAAAAAUUUCAUUCCGGUGUGUUCUGUCAUUUCCUCCAAAUUGGGAUUGGGCCUGACGAUCGUGGAGUUCGGAGUACACAAUCUCAAGUUAGUCACUACACAUUCUCGCAGUAAUUACUGAACACGGAAAGAAAUCAAAACAAAAGUAUGUGACCGAAUUCAGAGAAACAAAAGAAAUACAGAAAACUAUUUGAGGUUUAACUAGACUGGAAUCGGCCCGGUAAAGACAAAUAUCUGCAGAAGCUUGCUCCAAGUGCAGGUACAUUAAGCACCGGUUUACGAUCCUAAUCAGAAAAAAACAACCCACAUCAAAGCACAAAUGGCUAAGAAAUAAAUAAAGUUUCAGUGAAAAAUACCUAGCACUAUACAGUUUGGCUAAAAUCAACAUCAUAUCGGGGGAUCCCCUGAUAGCAUCGCAACCGACCAGGGCUAGCCCGAUCGCCCGGUCAUGGGCUAGUCUUACGAUCAGCUGAAUCAUUUCAGCAGUCUUCGCAGAAAUUCUUUCGCGAUUUGGGGAGGCUGAUAAGUUCAUAUAGCGCUCAACCAGCGCCCUAGCCUCGAGGGCAUUUCACACACGCACGCACACAAGCAUCGAUUGCGCGCGUAGCGCCGGAUCGACGGUUAGUCCCCUUCACAUGUCCGCCAGUUUCGUCCCACAUCUCGCCCCAUGGAGUUUUCGUUCGCAGGCACGCAUCGAGUACGCUAUGCGUGGGUGAAGUCGAAUGCCAUAUUAAGGCACUCACGUUAGGAGGUGUCGUGUCCCUAUUCGAGAUCGAUUAUGCAUGCGCCCUCCAGUUCGAGGCUAGUACUGUCGUCUUGCUUUGGCAGACCACACUAGCUCCCCACACCAAAUGCGCCGCAUCUAACAGGUUUUAUAAUUUCGCCUUAGAUUGGCCAAAAUUCCCCUUUUAACUCACGACUAUAUAAAUGCUCACCACGAACUCCGAUGCAUUAUUUAAAAUACCUACAUAAAGUGAGAGUAUAUUUAUCAAUGGACGUCCAAUGCCAAGGUGGACUUACUGCCCCCAUGAUAUUAGGGCUGCACUUCAGAUUGUCGUUGUCCCUUACGGCGUUCUCGGAUCUAAAGGCAUGUCUUUUACGAAGAUUCUAAGUAUGUGAAGCGGGGCCUGCAGGUAACAGUGCGGUGUGCGUGGGUUGACAGCCCUCACCCCCACCUUCUCCCUCACGGUCAGCAUUUCAUCCUCAAAUUCUGUAUUUUCUGUAGUCACGCUGAACAUACGUAAGCCUCGCACACUUGCGUCGUUAAGAUUAUCCGUAGGUAUGUGGUAUUCCCGCUCGUCGUUGACCACGGGGCACUCGGAUUCUGACUCUGGCGUUAAAAAUAACGAAUUUAACGACGGCAUUAAGGUGACCUUUACCCUCCAUUCUCCAUCACUUUCAGAUGUCUUUCCUUAACUUGUUGCACAAUGCGCCCUCUAAUUGAUCUCGUAGACUAUCUUAGGAACAUGAAAAUAGUUAAAUGCAAAAAAUACAAGGAGUAGAUUGGUAGAUAGAUAGCAAAGGCCAAGGCAAAGCACGUCAGACUCUGAAACGACUGAAACUAACAGUUCGUUCAAAACCGUACUGUAUGAGGCUGUGCCCAUUGAUCUCCAGCCUAUCUGUUCCCAAAGCUGUGGUGGUGAUUGGAAGACUCGAUAAAACUUGUUAUGUUGCUUUUGCGCCCACACCCGUUGUCCCCGCCACAUCUAUACCGCUUUCAUGUACGCCCGCACUGACAACGUGCUAGUUCUGUCACUUAACACUUGACAUUCGUAGACCGUUCGUAAUCAUGACACUGACUGACAGUUCCCGGAAUCACUCCACCUGAGUAUCCCAACGAACCAUCGUGUGGACACUUUCCUGGUAUGAGUGUCGAGAAUAUGCCGGCAUUUUCUAGAAGGAUAGGAUGUCGCCGUGGAUGCGCAUAACUUGCAGUUCCUCAUAUGUAAGUCAGAGUCCGCCCUAGACUUACGCACAGCAUCAGGUGAUGAAGAAAUUCCACAAAGGUGAUCAGGCAUCGAUAUAUGAGUUAUUGCUGCUGUCACUAUAGCCCCAUCAGCACACUGUUUAGUAGAUUCCGCCAAACCUCUGAUACUGUUUUUGUUCGCUCAUAGGCUAGUUUACCACCUCAUUGAGACACUGAUAUGCACUACGCUCUUUCGGCCACACAGAUGUGGUCUCUGUACUUCAUGCGUUACAUGGGAUUUCUAUAAAGGUUUCAGAACCCGGAAACUAAGCUUGCUCGCGCAGUUUGUAACUUAAAUUCAACAGACUAAAUGGGUUCCAGCCGCCACGCUUCAGCAGAGGUGGCAACGUGUAGAUAUAAUUUAAUGGGAUAGUCGGCGUGGAAUGACUUUCCCAGAGUUCGCAUCGUGCUAUCACACCUUAAAGCGCGCUAUUUAGAAAAUGUCGAAGCUUCCAUAUGCAAAUUAUUUAAGAAACCUUGAUUUCUUAUGGAAGUUAGACCGACCAACAGUGGUAUAGCGUAGCGCGCAAAAAUAGCAAACCUAUGGGUCUGCAGAAUAGGUUAAACGUCCUCACGACAGUUUUACAUUCUAAUUCCCCUUCAUGUGAUGCUGACACCGAUAUCACUGAAAUGGGCAAAGCUGUUUGCUAAUUUUCACAUUAUCCGUGCGUUACGCUAUUUUUCCACUGUUUACUAGUCUUACCACUCUCCCGCUCCGUUUUAAGCCGUCUUCUCCACCUUCCGUCGUCAUUUCGUUAUCCACACCUUUAUUUCCGGUCCGUAGCGUCCCGUGCUGGAAGUAUCAGUGCUUUUGUCGCACAUUUUGGCUGGUGCUACCUACCAAUUUCCUCGUCCCACAUUGUCUUUUUUAGGUUUCUGUUGGGCAUUACAUUGCGUGGAGUUAAUGAUUGUGCAGAUUCUAGCAGAAAGGCCAUAAGGUACCCGAGAUCCUCUAGAUUUCUAGAUGAGUCCUACACACUCGCCUCUGACUAAGCGCUGCUUAUAUUCUGUUUCAGCUUUAUUAUACCUGUCCCGCCUUCCGCCGAAUACUGCUCCCCGUUCAUCCCUUUUAUUCGUUUAUCUUCGUAUUUGGCCUUUAAGUGAUUUUGGUUAUCAUGCACAUUAUUCUUCUGUUAUCGGUCCUGCUUAAACUUAUAGAUCCAGGCUCUCCCAACCUUGGCAUCCACGAUUAUACCUUCUGCCUCGCCCUUUUUCCUCCUCCUAGGCUCCCACUAAGGACUCCCGUUCCGUAUAGCUAUUUAAGUACCUGUAAUUACAAAGACGUUACAUUAUCCUUCAGUCCUCGAAUUUUGAAUGUUAGAUUCUCCCUUAACUGGAACUUUAAACUAAUUGUCAGAUAUGAGCGAGUGCAUCAACAGCUGUUGACUCCGGUUUCAAGGUUUUUCGAUUUUUCGAUGCACUUUUGUUCUCGGAACAAUAGUUACCGUAUAAAACUCCAUCGGUUUUGCGUAAUGUCUCGUUCAAUUUUACAAAAAUGGCCUACAUUGUGUUGCAACUCAGCUAUUUGACUGUGGAAGUUCCCAGUCUCCUCCACAAGACCUUGCGACGAUAUAAUUUUUGAUAACCGAGCAUGCAGGUAGAGUUUCGCACUUGAAUAAGACUGCUCCGAUUACAACCUGAGUCGAAGGGCCAUCUACUCGCACCACACCCUACACCCGUUUGCGUUGUCAGCUAAGAGUCUUAGUUGAGUAUUUCGUGAACCUAGUUCCUGGAAAUAGCUUACGUCCUUCUAAGUAGUGACAUUACGUUACCUAACCCCCAACUGAACAGAGGGGACAUACUAUAUGCUGGAGCUGGUUUCUAAGAGUCCAUUCUCCACAACGUUAGGCAAGGAUUGUCCAUCAUUCUGCGACCCAAUAUCGACCGACAACACUUGUCUAUCGAUAUCUUUCUUCCUUUUUCUGCUAUUUUACCACCCCUCAUCCUGGAUUGAAGUUAUUAGACAGCCUACCACCCCAGAAAACUUAUUUUGAGUGCAGAAAAAAGGAGAAUCGCCUCUUGCGUUUAUCCGCAUUGUUAGCCCUCUGCUGUGACCUUAAAAUUUGCUUUCAUGCCCAGUUGUAUCAUAAUCCAUCUCUGUCACCAUUCAGUGAUGCCCCAACUAGUUGAACCCAUUCAACCCUGUACACCUAGCGGGCAUUAAGACUCAUUAUUAGUCACAAAGUAAACUUGGACUGGACCCAACAGUAGAGAAGAUGAAAGCGUGACCCAGCACUAUUUACUUUCUACUUCUUGUCUAUCUGUGUAUUUUCUUAGUUUGUGGCCUAUUUUUAAGCAUGAGCGAAUCCAGCAUAUCGGAGAAACAACCGAAGCGCGUCAUUCAUUGUAGUGAUGGUACUAUCACCGAGUACUCAGAGGACGAUGAUGCCGUCAGUCCAACUGUUGAGAUCCAACAAGUGAGUUUGUUGGUAUUUAGAAACCUCAUACCUUUAUCCAACAUAAAUUCCUUUAAAUCGAAACCUACUUUCUCAUUUGAAAAGUAGCAAGACUCUGAAGCUCUCACGUGGCCCUCCUGGCUGUGGAAACAAGCAAGCAAGGCCUCGAAAAUGGUGACUACCGUGUCUGACUGGAUGGGCGAAAAGUGCGCUUCCCUGAUGGGUGUGACUGAACCAAAGUUUGACCUUUACAUUCGCGAGCACGAGUUCUUGAAGAAACAGGAAGAAGAGGACCUGGCGAAUACCUACAUUAUCGCACCCGAAGAAAGUAUCCCACUGAGCUCCGUCCUUCCCGACCACAUUGAUAGAUGA